AUGGAUGAUCCCCCCAGGCGAGUCAUGGUAUACGCCCGUGUUACCGAUAUAGCGGGAGACCCUCAGCGGCGCCACAACUCUCUUGGCGAGACCUUUUGCAAGCAGAUCCUAGGCAGAGACUUCCACGCGGAGCUUCAACCGUCUUUCUACGAUCACGUUCACAUCCCUGCCGAUUUCGAUUCGGAUCAACCGCUGAAACGAUGGUUUAUCUUCGACCUGGGCGUCAAGCAGCAGCUCACAGCCGAGGCGGUAGCUCAGAUGCCCCACUCGGUUUACAUGGCAAGUCGCCAGAACGGUGAAUUGAUAUUCAUUCGUCGUGAUAACUGGGUAGAUAGCGCCAUAACUCGAGCCAGGUCGUACAUCUGGGGCGGUCGAUUGGAACAAAGGAUAGUAGCAGAAAUGAGAGAAAGAUACGCCCACGACCUCUCAGUUUGA